GUCAGCUGACAGUGGAAGUAAGGUGACUCGUUGUUGACAAGUGAAGGAAAUGGUUGAAUCUUUCCCAUUUUGUUAUUCAGAUAUAUUUAUCAAGACAAUUUAAAGCGGUCAAUCGCUAUUCUGAAACCGAGAGGAGAUGUUUGAUGGGCAGAACUCCAUAGAGGUGCUGGUUAUUCCUGAGGACCAGCACUGUGGUCAGCUUGCAGACAUCCAGAAAGCCGAGCUGUGCCCUGCGGGCUCCCUCCUCUGUUGUCUUGGCGUCUCGGGCCAGCUGUUGGUGUGGGUCCCUGGGGACAGAGAGGCCCCUCCGGCUGCAUCGGACGGCUGCUUUGCAGAUUUCUGCUGGGAGGAGGCGAAUACAAGCAUUGUGGGAGUCAGCAGCUUUAAUUUGUUGGCUGUUGGAUCACAGGGUGACUUAACGCUAUUCCAGGCUGAGGCAGAACCAUCCACCCCAGUUUCUUUACUGACUGUGCAAAAGUGUAAUGUAGAUAAUCUGCUGGAAAUUGUCAAAGAGAGCGACAAAAGUGUGUGUGAGCUGGUGUCUGUGCAGGUGUUGUCCUAUCUGGCCAACCAGUGCUGUGUAUUGGUGAACAACGAUUGGAUUCUGCAGUUGCAGUGGGAACAUGCAUCACAAGAACCAAAGACGAUCUCCUGCUGCAGAAUCCAGCUAACGACUAAUGACAAACAUACUGCUGUUCACCACUGUGUCUGUGCAGAAACCCUAUUUGUCCUCUGCUCCAGUGGUCUUAUAUAUGUGCAUGCCAUUACUGAUGGCUCUAUGCUGGCCAGCAUCGACAUUCCUUCCUACCUGAGCUCUGGUUGGCCGGAUGGCAGCCUGACUUCCUCUUCACUCUCCUCCUCCUCCUUCUGCCUUUUCCAGGUGUCAGCAGAUCUCUGCACAGCUGUAGCUGUAACUCAGUCUCAUGCAGCAGUCGCCAUUAACCUUAACCACUACUUCAGAGAACAUCCAGAACACCUCCACUGUGUUGGCACCCUGUCCUCCUCCUCACUUCAGCACAAGGAUCCAGGAGACCAGGACUCCUUGUCCAGCUCCAGCUCCAGUCUCGCCGCUCUUGGUUCACCAUUCCGUUAUAACCGUGCCUGGGACACUUGUCUAGCAUCCAUGUAUGCCAGAGCACAGCAGGCUGCUUAUCCCUCAUCCCCCUGGAAGCCAGCAGGGGUUCCAUGGUUCCACUCCCUCCCCCUCCUGCAGUCCCACCCAGCUGCCAUAUCCUCCCACAGCAGAGUGCCUCCCAGUGGGGCGACCGUGGCCUUCUCUGUCCUUGACUCAUCCAUUCCAUCUCUUCUUGCUGUUUCUGAGUUCUCUGCUCUUUUGACCUUUGUUGCUCCUGGCAACACACACACAACAGUGGCAUUAUGGGAUAUAGAGUCUGGGAGAAUGAGCUACCACCAGGCAGAAGGAACAGCUGUGCCAGUGCAGCACAGUGGAGAGAGACAGCACAGACUGCUGCUGAAGAGGUCAGGUGUGUUCCAGGUCUUGUUUUCCAUAUCCCAGCAGGAUUUAUUAAGCAGGUUGAUGUUGUUUGGCAGUGCAGCAACAGUGGACACAGUCUGUCACCUUAACAGCUGGGGGCACUGCUCCAUUCCCUUCCAUGCACUGCAGGCUGGACUGAAAAACCGACAGCUUGACACAGUGGAUUUAUACCUGAAAAGUAAAGAAAAUAUUCUGAACCCAUCAACAACAGCUGGUUUUUCUGAGCAGUUAGACUCCAAACCGAGUCUCAAGGACAGUGUCCAGGAGUUGUUGCCUGCCUUGGAUUUAUUGUGUUCAGCGGUCAAAGAGCUAAACAGUGAACCUCAGAGCCGACAGUUCUCUGAGCAGCUGCUCAACCUCACCAUGACCUUCAUCAACACACAGAUCCGCUCUGUGCUCCUCUGGACGCACUAUGAGCAGUCAGAUAUGCAGAGCAAUGUUGAAGUUCUGGGCAAGUAUGUCACAGAGUUGAGGGGUUAUAUGAAGAGAUUCCCCUGGGCUUCAGGCGACUCCACAUCUGACACUAGCGCGCCCCUACAGGGAGCAGAGGGUGAUGACUGGGAGCAACUUUCAACUGAGGAAGUUAUCCAUCAGUCGAUCCUGACCAAUCAGAUCCCCCGAGCUCAGGCUGUAAUGUGGAGACAGAACCGGCCUGAAAAGCAGCUGUCAGCUCUGAGGAUGGUGGGCCUGCGCCAAGUUUUGUCCUGCUUGCAGUGCAAGGAUCUAAAGUCUGCCAAACAAUUCCUGACCAAUAUGGGUCUCAGUGUGAAGAAAGAGCUUCACAGCAUCUGCCUUUAUACUAACAACAAAGAUCUUCGGGAAUUGUUGGUAGAGGAUCUGUCAAAGCAGAGUUCUCUGACUGAAGAAGAGCUGGAGGGCGUCUCGUUCCUCUGUGAGAUAGAGAAGCUUGGCCUGCUGCCUGCAAUCUUCUGCCCAGCUAAUCCUCUUUCACAACGGUUACCUCAGAUGGCUCAUAAGGAGCCAGAUUGUGAAGAGGUGCUGAAGGAGUUGGUGGAACAGAGUUCUGAGGAGGAGGGAGAACUCUGGAGGAACCUCCGACUGGACUGGGUGAAGACCUGGGAUCAGAGCUGCCAGACGGCUGUUCGCCUAUCCAGGCUGCAGCACAUAGAGCUGAGCUGCUGUGACCCUGCAGUGUUGUGGCAUUACCUGACUGCUUUUCACCACCAUCAGAAGGUGUUUGACUGGAUUCACAAUCAAAGGACCUUCGGCUCCCCCUGUUGGCCUGACAUAACUCCUGAGAUGGUCAACAAUAACACGGCGUGCAGCAUCUUCUUCAAGGAGAACAUCUUGGACCUUCUAGCUAGGAAAGGUGUGUUCAUCCCAGAUGAGAUGUUGGACUUGGAGCAGCUGCUCUGGCGACUAGCUCAGGGUGCCGGGUUGAUGACGUCAUCCCUCCCCGUGUCUCAGUAUUGCUCCCCGGUCGGCCUUAACCUACAUAGUGUCUUCAUUGCAUUGUGCCUGGAUCAUAAUCUUCAGUACCUGCUUUAUACCUACCUGGAGCACUACAGACUGACGCCCAGAAACUGCCCCCUCCUUACCGAUCAGAACCUGCUGGGGAGUCAGCCCUGGUUUGAGAUGAUGGUUAAGAUCCAGGAGAUAACCAGAGACCUGUCAGAACCAGAACUCGUGUUCCAGGCGAGUCUGACCAGCGCUCAGGUGCUGCUACCUGGUAGCCAGGCCUCUCUGAGCAGCUUACUAUUCGAGGGACACAGUCUGCUGGCGCUGGCUUCUAUCAUGUUUGCUCAUGGUGGAAUAGAUAAGGUGGUGGCUCAGGGACAGAGUUCAACAAGUUUGGAGGGGACUGUUGACCCCCAGCUCCUGAAGAUGGCACUGGCCCCUCAUUACAAGCUGAGAGCCGCCCUCUUCCCAUCUGGGAAUGGCUCCUCCUCUGACAUCUCUAUUUAUCACCUUCUCCAGUCGCUUCACCCUCUUGACUCAUCCAGGCUAUUUAGUUGGCAGACUGCAAACCCUCUGAAAUGCACUGAAACAUCCGAACUGCCUCAUUUUUCUAGCCCUCAUCUGGUUGGCAAGUUCGCUAUAGUAGAACACCUGGACUUUCUUUACUACAUCCAACAUGGUCGACCAUCUUUUGCAUAUGGACACUUUCUUAUCCAGCAGCUGGGGGUCUGCAGUGAUGUGAAGUUGCUGCUCCAGACGGUCUGGCUGCAGGUGUACAGACUGGCUCUGAAGUGUUUCAAUAAGCCGUCUGUGACAUCGUCUGCUGUAUGUUUCUGUGAGCUGCUGGGAAUCUGCAACCUAAAGCUGAGAGUCGACAUCAGAGCCAUGAACACCAUCCUUCAGCACUGGAACCAACUGGACAGGCACACACCAACGCAGAAUCUGCGAACAUUAAUUUCUAAAGCAGUAGAGCUGGUGAAUGGAGAGCCAGGAGCUGCAGCAGAGCUGCUUUGUUACCUGGAGGCUGCAGUGGCAGACAGUCUGGAACAGAGGGGGAUCAGCAGGUCUUCGUUCGAGGCGGCUCAGGAGUGGGCCUUACCUGUUCAGUUCUGUCAGCUCCACAGUCUGGAGCUCAGUCUGAUUUAUCCCAGCCACUGUGCCGAGGACAGACAAUUUGUACACUUUUUAUUGUUUGUCCAACUCCACAGUUUCCCACCACAGCAGGUGAGGUCCCUGGUGGGUCUCUUUGACCCUGUCUUGCAGGCUCACCUCAGCCUUGCAUUUCAAGACUUACAGGUUCACAGUCAGAGAAGGAGCCGAGACCCUGAGGAACAGUUGGGCUUUCUGGGGACAGACGUGGCCUCUGGGGGUUCUGAAUUCAGCGGGGAGCUGUUCCAGGUGCUGCUGCAGAGCCAGGAGAAGCAAGUGUCAUGGCGGUUUCUCCUACAUGAGGCAGUAGUUCGAGACUGCCCGAUGCUGGCAGGACUUGCUGCCUGUCUUCAGGGAACAGAUCUGCUGUCCUGUCUGUGUGUGUGGAUGCUGACCUCCGUCGCUGACACAACAACAGAAGAGGCCACUUCACACCUCGCCGAAGCCCCCCAGGACCAUGACUGGACCCUCCACGACCUGUCAAUCAUCUGGAAGACGCUGCUGUGGCAGGGUCACAUCCGGGUCCUCCUGCGAGGAUUUGAGCUUUUUCAGCAGGACUGCCCCCUGGUGUUGGUUCUGAGAAUGUUCGAGUUGUGUUGCGAUUACAGAAAAUUCGCUGAGGCCAAGACAAAGUUGUUGGACUUUCAGAGGACACUUAUUACUCUCAGAAACGGAGGUCCUGCCGCUGCAGGCAGCCUUCCGCUGCAGUGGGUGGAGAACCAGGCCUCAGUGCUGCUCCACAUCAUGCUGCUGCGCUGCUCCUCCCAGUACGACCUUCACCAGCUGCUGCAGCUCCUGGCUGAUGUUGACAAACUUCUCAAAUCCAACGGUCCAGACUUCAGGAAGUUGAGCCAGCUGAGUCAGUUACUGCAAGGAUCAGGUGUGACUCUGUCCCAGAGCCUGCUGCAGUGCACUUCCCCCUCCGUCCAGCAGGAGGAGUUUCAGCUGAUAGUGGAUGCUUUGCAAACUGGAGGACACUACAGCCAGGCCAGACAGGUGGCAGUGCUGGCUGGUCUGCCCAUCCACCGCCUCCUCAUGAGCCAGCUGCGUCAGGAAGUAAACUUCCACAAGAGCAAGUGGCGGUGGAGACGUUUGGAGACCCGAGUGGCCUUCUGGAAGAAGUGCCACAGGCGACUGGAAGCUGACAGCACUGACCCAGAGUCAGCCGCGCAGUUCUUUUUGUCUCAGUCUGAGGCUGCCGCCGGCCCUGAUGGUGACCAGGCUCAGACAAAUGUUCUGGACAUCCAGGAGUGCUGCUUGCUGCUCCAGCUCACAGCUCACUGGCUUUUCUUGCAAACUCCUGUUCCUGUGGAUGAGCUACAGAGGCUGGAGAAAAAGCUGUGGUUCUGCCAGGUCCAGAAGCACAUUCUCACAACUACAGUAGAGGAGAAGAGCAUGUUUAACCUGCUGCCACCAGCAAUCACGUCUGAAACCAACGAAUAUGAGAUGUUCAUGAAGGAGUUUUCGUUCUCUAACAUUGCAGACCUGAAUGUGGAGAAGUACCUGAGUCUGGAGGGAUUCCCAGAAAAGCCUGAGGAGUUGGAUACAGAAUCAAAUUUAAGUUCUGAAGAGAGAAGAGUUUUGGCAAUACUUAUUAACCAGUUACUAGAUAAAGGUAGUAUACAUGAAGCCAGUCGUGUUUGCCGCUAUUUCAGCAUGCACAAUCCAGAUGUAUGGUUGGUUCUGUGCUGCCAUGCUCUGGCAUGUGGAGUCUUGGUACCGGAACCACAACAGCAGACCUCAGAACACGCAGAGACAAAGGCUCUAACCCAGUCCCCCUCUCUCAGCAGUCUGUCUUCAUUUGUAAUGGUGCCCCUCCAUGAAGAUGCAGUCACUGUCCAGAUCCAGAAACGGGUGGAUCAGUGUCGCCAUGGAAGCAUCUACUGCAAACAAGUCCUCAGUCUCUACCAGCUCUCCAAGGAACUGCAGUGUCCCUUCAGUCAUAUCAGCAGAGAGGAGCCUCAUUCUGUGUUAGAGAAGCUGCUGCUGUUGGUGCAACCAGAUCGGUUCAGGAUGGCCAAGACCUUCAUCAAAACUCAGGGUCUUAGUGUUGACAGUGUGGCUGAACUGGUCUCCAACGCUGUGGUUCAAGGCCUGCUGGCAGCAACCCAGGAGCUGCAGCCUGGAGAAAGACUGAUUUUCAGACCAUCAGAGGGGCAGGAGUCACUGGUGCAACUGAUCAGACUGUGUGAAGAUCCAAACAAAGUGGGCCUCAAACUGCUGGAAAACCUCAACACUGUUCCACUGAGGGACCUGAACUCCAUUGUGGAGCUGCUGAUUGUGGCUCACAGCUGCUUCAGUCUCACUUGUAACAUGGAAGGAAUUGUUCGAGUUCUCCAAGCUGCUCGUCAUCUCAGCCACACCUACCUGGCUCCAGGAGAGCAUUACAGCCUGCUGGUGCGUCUGCUGACGGGUAUCGGCAGGUACAAUGAGAUGACGUACAUCUUCGAUUUGCUCCAUCAGAACCACUGUUUUGAGAUGCUACUGAGAAAGAAGUUGGACAGAGACAUAGGACAGAGCUCGAGUUUGAAGACUUCUCUGCUGGAUUACAUCAAACGCUGCCUCCCUGCUGACAGUGAGAAGCACAACAUGGUGGCGCUGUGUUUCAGCAUGAGAAGGGAAAUUGGAGAAAACCAUGAAAUAGCUGCCAGGACACAGUUGAAGAUGAUUGAAUCUCAGGACUGGAUUGUGACUCCUGAUCUUAAGAACUCAUUGGUCAAGGUAUUGGGUCUGCUAAAGGAUGCUGCAGAAAGUUUCUCCAAGGACUCCUGUGUGCAUCAGGCUGGUCGUUGUGUCCGUGCAGCUAAACUGAUUACUCUUCAGCUCCACUUGUUGAACCAGGGAUCCACCCUGCGCAUCGUCAACCUAAAGCCUGCAGAGAUGCACAGUGCCAUCAUGGCUCUUCCACAGUGUUACCAGGUGUUUGUUGUCGCAGAAGCGUACAGCUACAGUCCAGACUGGGCUGAGAUCUUGUGUCAGAAAGUGGUUCUGAAGGGAGACUUUGUUUACCUUGAGGAGCUGAAAUGCCACCGUCCUCUCACCUCCGCCCUAUUUGAAGACAUUUUCAGAAAGCUGGACAGCGUCCCCAGCAGCGUCUGUUCCAAUGUGAAGCGUCUGCUCAGUCACUGUGACGAUGUGUACACCCGCUACAGACUGGCCUACCAGCAGAAUCUCUAUGAUGUCACCAAAACACUGCUGCAAGAUAACAAGACCUCCAGCUACAUGAAUGACAGACUUGCCAGUAAAGCAUUUAUCUGACUGAGCCGUGUCAUGUUACUGUCAGGACAGUCCAGUCUACAGUCAGUGGUCUGUAAAUACCCAAUAAAAUGAUUUUGGUGGGUGUACAGCAAUUAUUCACGUGUACAAAAUAUAGUUUUAUGAAAAACAUUAAAAUGACUGAACUUUUCUAAGCUAAAUGAUGUAAGAUUAACAUUAAAGAAUGGAUCAUUUUUGUGAGGA